CAGGAGAGUUUCCGGAACCGGUCCAGACCUAAAGUGUUCCGGAGUACCAUUUCCUGUAUUUUGACUUCAGAUACUCAGUUUUACCUGAUUUCUGUAUGUUAUCAUCUUGUGUACGCUUGGUUCCCGCAACAGUCCGGCUUGUCCAGUCCGGUAUCUGCAUUACUUCCCGUUCCUUCAUGGAUUUGAAGGCUCUUCUUUCCUCCUUGAAUGACUUUGCAUCCCUCUCAUUUGCUGAGAGUUGGGACAAUGUUGGAUUACUGGUGGAACCAAGUCCACCACAUACUGUAAACAUUCUCUUCCUGACCAAUGACUUGACGGAAGAGGUAAUGGAGGAGGCUCUGCAAAAGAAGGCAGAUCUCAUCCUCUCCUACCAUCCACCUAUCUUCCGACCCUUGAAGCAGAUAACCUGGAAAAGCUGGAAGGAACGCCUGGUGAUCCGGGCUCUGGAGAAUAGGGUUGGCAUCUAUUCUCCUCACACAGCCUAUGAUGCUGCACCCCAGGGAGUCAACAACUGGUUGGCCAAAGGGCUUGGAGCUUGCACCUCCAGUCCUAUACAUCCUUCCAAAGCUCCCAACUACCCUACAGAAGGAACUCAUCGAAUAGAAUUUAGUGUUAACCACACCCAAGACCUGGAAAAAGUCAUGUCUGUAGUGAAAGGAAUUGGAGAUGUUUCGGUCACUUCUUUUUCUGCUAGGAUUGACAAUGAAGAACAAACACGCAUCAGUCUAAAUUGUACUCAGAAGGCUUUGAUGCAGGUUGUGGCUUUUCUCUCCCAGAACAGGCAGCUUUAUCAAAAGACUGAAAUUCUGUCACUGGAGAAGCCUUUGCUUCUACAAACUGGAAUGGGGCGAUUAUGCACACUGGAUGAAUCUGUCUCCCUGGCAACCAUGAUUGAACGUAUCAAAAGACACCUAAAACUGUCUCAUCUUCGCUUAGCUCUUGGUGUAGGGAGGACUUUAGAAUCCGAAAUCAAAGUCGUGGCCCUGUGUGCUGGAUCUGGGAGCAGCGUUCUGCAGGGGGUAGAGGCUGACCUUUACCUCACAGGUGAAAUGUCUCAUCAUGAUGUUUUGCAUGCUACUUCCCAAGGAAUAAAUGUCAUCCUUUGUGAACACAGCAACACUGAACGAGGCUUUCUUUCUGACCUUCAAGAUAUGCUGCGUGUGCACUUGGAGAAUAAGGUUGAUAUUAUCCUCUCAGAGACAGACAGGGACCCACUUUGUGUUGUAUAACACAUACAGGAACAUAAGGAUGACACAAUCUAAAAAUCAUUUGGAUCGAAACUCAGAUGUAUAACUUAAGUUAGUGGUAUUGGGAUACUUCCAAAGGAGAAUCUUAGAAUGUAUUAUCAUCUUUGAUUUGUUAAUCUGGUUCACCAAAUGUUUUAUAGCUCAUAAGGUAAAAACUGAAAUGUAACUACCAUAUUAAAGAACUCUAUAAAAAAAUUACUAAAUUAUGUUUACUUAACAUUCUUGGGAAUUAGCUCAAGUAAUCAUUGUAUUAAACUGUAGAUAGGAUAUGCCAAUCUAGAAAUUUCUGCCUUUUCAGAGCUUUAAAAAUACAAAGAUUUUUGUAAAUAUUACCAUCCCACACCAAUGGGUUGCUCUCCCCACCCCCCUCCGUGAUAGUCCACAUUCUUCCUUGAGUGCAUAUUUCUCACUUUACUCCAAAGGCAUCACAUUGCCCCUACUCUCCCUUAAAUAUGUAUCUGCUUUCUUAAAUAAACCACUGUUUAUGCCUUUGAAAAAAUAUAUUUACAUAAGCUUUAAAAA